CCGCUCUCACGGAGCCCUUAACAGGUGCUUGUUCCUCCAGAGGUUCUGCUCCACAGAUGGCUAUUGUUAUGUGUGCAGUAAACACAGAGACUCAAGCGCGCGCUCUGUGUGUGUCUCUCUCUCUCUCUCUCUGUGUGUGUCUGUGUGUCUCUCUCUCUCUCUACCAGCUGCCGUUUCCUGCUAAAGCACUGUUAUCCCUGACCCCCCCCCCCCCCCCCCACACACUCCUCCUCCUCCCCCAUCUGCUCCUGAUUCUCCAGACCGUGCCUCCCGUCCUCGUCUCUCUCUCUGUCGGCCUCACGCUCGGACUCUUCUUCUCUGCGAGCCGCUGACACAAAGAACGGAUUAGCGCUUGAUCGCACCGGAGCGUGUGCCAUCGGUGGAAGGGACCGUAUUCUCGCCGGACAACCAGGUAUGACCCAUCCUCCUCGGUGCUGAGGACUACAACUUCCUGUCUGUGGAGGACUUCCUGGAGCUGAAGCGGAGCGGUGGACUGCUAGAGACGUAUAAAGGUAACUAUUAUGGGACACCCAAGCCACCCGUCCAGCCUCUCAGUAGGACAGUGAUUACCCAUGAUGCUUUGCGACACAGUUGCACUAGUUCCCAGAAGUGCUGCGAUCGCGUGAAGCAUGCAGGAGUAGAGCAGACAGUGCUGCAAGGAGGAUGCAGACAUGAACAACACGCUUACAGGAGACUCCAGACGGCCCGAGGUGCGAGACAAUGCCCCCAGCUACAUGCUGAACAACAUGGCCACCUCGCCACCGGGCCUUCCUCCAGACCAGGACCCGCUCGGAGCGCUGCCGGAUAACUGGGAGAUGGCCUACACCGAGAGCGGAGAGAUCUACUUCAUCGACCACAACACAAAAACCACCUCGUGGAUGGACCCUCGAUGUCAGGACAAACAGCCGAAGCCUUUGGAGGACUGUGAAGACGAUGAGGGUGUACACACAGAAGAGCUGGACCAUGAUCUCGAGCUGCCUCCUGGCUGGGAGAAGAUCGACGACCCGGUGUACGGAGUCUAUUAUGUGGAUCACGUGAACCGUAAGACGCAGUACGAGAACCCGGUUCUGGAGGCGCGGCGGCAGAAGCAGCUGGACGCUCAGCAGUCGCCGGAGGACGGACGCUACAUCAGAGAAUGGAUAGAGGAGCACUCGUCCGCUGGGGCAGCGAUCGGCUCUUAUGUGCCCAGUCACCUGGAGACAUACAGAGAUCCUCAGAGCAGUGCGUCGGCCCCUCAGGCCCCGGGCCCCAGACGAGGGAAGCCGUUCUUCACCCGUAAUCCAGCCGAACUCAAGGGGACCUUCAUAAGCACCAAGCUGCUGAAGAGCCGGCGAGGCUUCGGCUUCACUGUGGUCGGCGGAGACGAACCGGACGAGUUCCUGCAGAUCAAGAGUCUGGUGCUGGACGGACCGGCCGCUGUGGACGGAAAGAUGGAGACAGGCGAUGUCAUCGUCAGCGUGAACGACACGAUCGUGCUGGGCUACACUCACGCUCAGGUGGUGAAGAUCUUUCAGUCCAUCCCCAUCGGCUCCAUGGUCCAGCUGGAGCUGUGCCGCGGCUACCCUCUGCCCUUUGACCCCGACGACCCCAACACCAGCCUGGUGACCUCAGUGGCCAUCCUGGACAAAGAGCCCAUCAUAGUGAACAGUCAGGAGGGCUUCGAGGCCGUGGCCGCCCUGGGACCCGGUGUCUGCGGGGCUCCUGAACCCGUCUCAGACAGCGCUCUGAUGGGGCCGCCGUACACCAGCGACGUGGUCACACUGGCGUCCUCCAUCGCCACACAGCCCGAGCUGAUCACGGUCCACAUCGAGAAGGGAGACAAGGGCUUGGGCUUCACCAUCGCAGACAGUCUGGCUGGCGGAGGACAGAAGGUGAAGCAGAUCGUGGAUUACCCACGAUGCCGAGGGCUGAAGGAGGCCGACAUCCUGCUGGAGGUCAACAAGAGGAGCGUGCAGGGCAUGAGCCACAACCAGAUCGUCGACCUCCUCAACAAAUGUCCUCGAGGCAGUGAAGUUACUCUGCUGGUGCAAAGAGGAGUCCUGCAGCCCAAGAGAAGCCCCAAAGUGCUGCAGUUGGAAAGGAAGGACAGUCAGGGCAGCUCUCAGCACAGCAUAUGCAGUCACCGCAGCACACACACGGACUCACCUGGCCGCCCGGAGCCCAUUGUGCCUACUGACACCCUGGGGGGUCCUCCGCCCGUGCCACCUCCUCCCACCCAGCCACUGCCUGUCCUGCCCACCUUUGACAACUCUGGAGCCAAUGGGACUCUCCAGAAGAAACCGGACCCCUUCAAGAUCUGGGCACAGUCCAGGAGCAUGUACGAGAGCCGGGUACCAGACUCUCAAGAACAAGACAUCUUCCUCUGGAGGAAGGACACAGGCUUUGGCUUCCGUAUCCUGGGGGGAAGUGAACCCGGAGAACCGAUCUACAUAGGGCACAUAGUGAAGUACGGCUCUGCGGAUGAGGACGGCCGUCUGCGCUCGGGAGACGAGCUCAUCUGUGUGGAUGGCACGGCGGUGGUGGGGAAGUCUCAUCAGCUGGUGGUGCAGCUCAUGCAGCAGGCGGCUAAACAGGGUCACGUCAACCUCACCGUCCGCCGGAAAAACACUUUCGGAGGGUGUAAGGGCGAGGCGGACGUGCCGCCGUCCCCGGCCUCCUCUCACCACAGCAGCACGCAGGCGGCGUCUCUGACGGAGGAGAAGCGCACACCGCAGGGCAGUCAGAACUCUCUCAACACCGUGAGCUCGGGCUCCGGCAGCACCAGUGGCAUCGGCAGCGGCGGCGGCGGUGGCAGCGGCAGCACAGUGGUCAACAUGACCCCGGCCGCCCUGCAGCCCUACCACGUGGAGAUCCAGCGCGCAGAGAACGAGGGCUUCGGCUUCGUCAUCGUGUCUUCCGUGUCACGUUCUGACGCCGGCUCUUCCUUCGCGGGGAACACGGCCAUGCCUCAUAAAAUAGGCCGGAUCAUCGAGUGCAGUCCGGCCGACCGCUGUGGGAAGCUGAAGGUGGGUGAUCGGAUCCUGGCGGUCAACGGCUGCUCCAUCACCAACAAAUCCCACUCAGACAUCGUCAACCUCAUCAAAGAGGCCGGCCACGCCGUCUCGCUGCGCAUCAUUCCCGGAGACGAGACGUCAAACGCAUCACUCCUGACCAACGCAGAGAAGAUCGCCACCAUCACCACUACACACACACCUCAGAGCAACACAGAGCCCAGCAGGAAUAACAAACCCAAAGCCGCUCUGCCACAGCCAGCAGUCUUCAGUCAGGAGGCAGAGUAUUACUCUGUUGAUCUGGAGAGGGGGAGUAAAGGUUUCGGCUUCAGUCUGAGAGGCGGUAAGGAGUACAACAUGGAUCUGUAUGUGCUGCGCUUAGCUGAGGAUGGAGCCGCUGUCAAGAAUGGGAAGAUGAGGGUUGGUGAUGAAAUACUGGAGAUCAAUGGUGAAAGUACAAAAAAUAUGAAUCAUUCUCGUGCCAUUGAGCUGAUUAAGACCGGAGACAGACGAGCUCGACUGGUGCUGAAGAGAGGAGACGGAUCCGUCCCAGAGUAUGACGGCCCAAAUGACAGCUACUCUCCCUCACCCAGGCCACAAAAUAAUUCGGAAGUGAGGGCCUUGCUAGCCAGUGGCCCCUUUCAUCAUCCGUCCGAGUCCAGCUAUACAUCAGAGCAUCCCACACCAUCCCAGCCCAAGCAGCACCAAACUAAAGACAGGCAUCAUGAUCAGACGAGAGAACCGGAGAGGGACAGCAGAACAGGACUGUACUCGAGCGCUCCUCAGCACCCUUCCAGGAACAACCGUCCCAGCCCCUCGCCGUCCCCCGACAGCAGCAAAAACAACUCCCACCGCAAGGUCAAGAAGUCCGAGUCCGAGAGCGGCAUUGCCAAGCUCUUCAAAACACUGAGGAAAGAGGGCGGAUUUGGGAGGAAAACGUCCAACCAGGAUCUCCUGAGACGAGGCCGCAAACCCUCCACAGACGCACAGAGUAGUGCGGGGUCUCAGGUGCGCAGCGGGUCCCUGGAUCGCUCCUCCUCCCGGAAGCGCAACACCUCUCCCGACCGCCGCAGGGCCAAGUCUGUGGACCGCCGAACAACACGCUCAUAUAAAGAUCAGUCCCCUGAGCGAAGCUAUCAAGCCUCUUCCCAGGACCUGCUGUGCCAGAUCUCCACUCCAGAAAGGCUUGUCCGGCCCCAGAGAGAGCCCCAAACACCCCACAGGAACUACAGCAAACAGGGCUCCUUCACAUCCACCCCUGAACGAUCCCACACUCUCACUCGCACACCUGAACGGGGUCUAAAGAACAGGAACAUUCUGCUCAACAGCUCUCCGUCAAGUCAAGCUGAGAGACAGGGAUACUUCUUCAGCGGAGCCUCGGAAAGAUGUUUCCGCAGGAGAUCGGACAGCAGCAGCGAUGGAAGUUUCCUGGAAGAGGGCACGGCUCCACAGCUGAGGGAUUAUUACAGCGCGCUGAAAGCCAGCGGUGUGAACGGGAGCGGCGUGGGCCUCGGCCUCAUCCCCAACUCUCCGAGCAAGAGACGGCUUUACAAGGAGAACCACGCAGACCUCAGCAUCUGAGCUCAACAAGACUGAGCUUCACCACAGCAAAACAGGCUCCUUUUUCUAGUUUGUUUCUAUAUGUUGUGUUGCGAGUGAGAUCCAUGUUUUGUUAAAAGACAGACUUUUCUUUUCUUUUUCCCUUUUUUAAAUGUGUCUACUUUGCAUGUCCUCUUGUCUCCAAUUGAGAUUUACUGAACCAGAGCACAAGCAUUCAACAUUUGUUUCUUUGUUUGUACAUUUUUAAAAAUGUGUGGCGAAACCUGAACUCAGACUAUGAUGCUACUGUUUAAUUGAGUAAUAUAUAUUUAAGCUGUAUAUUUAUUUUUAAUAACUGAAAUGUAACUUGAUAGGAUGUCCAGAUGAGAAAAGCAUCAUUCAGUCUCGCUCUGUUGUAAUAUAUCUGACUUUGUUAGUCCUAACACUGCACUGGACUGAGGCACGAGCCGCCCAUUAGCAAAAAAAAAAGGAAAAAAUGAAGGCAGAAAAUGUUAUGAUGUUGUCUCCGUAGUCACCAGAACUUAGUCUAAAAACACGUAUGCACAAUUGAGAAAACUUUACCCAACUUUAGCUUAAAGCCAGUUAUUUUAGGAAUGAAUCGGAUCCUUCUAAAGUGACAGUGACUUCAGCCUGAAUGUCAGUGUGACAAACCACAGACCAGUGGAGCUACAGGAACAGAGAUAAUUCAUCCAACCAUGAAAACACUGGAUGUAUAUAAUGUGAGAGGUCGUUCUAAUUCACAGUCAUUUUAAGCAAAAGUCUGAAGUAUUUUGAAAUGUCCCUUAUGCACCACAUUUACCUCCAUAAAUUCAAGUACCAAAGGCGAUUGAAAUGCUCUGAACGAAUGGAAUCCCUUAACAAGCUUGUGAAAAUAAAGGUGACACAUGGACGCAGCACACAUUUUAAGCUGAAUGUAGAGUUGCAGCACGGAAGAUUCAGGUCACCGGAUCCGAUCGAAAUGACACCGUGAAAACGGCACAUGGCGCAAUCUGCCCAUCUGAGCCAACACUCGCUCUGGAGAGCCACUGGACUUCAGUGAUAUGCAGACGCAGACGUGUUUGUUUGGGAACACCGCUGGUUUGUGCAUUUUGACAGGACCGAGAACAUUCCUUCACUGUCAUCUGAAUGGUACUGUAUCAAAAUGAACGGAUCAGCUGCUGUCUUUUGUACAAAUUUUAUUACUGUAUGUACUUCAGAACUGUGUACGUAAGGAUACUGUUGCCUUUUCUCUGUACAAAAUAGAAUUUAUGAAAGAUGUCCACCUAAAGAAGAUGUUUCUACUCUGCUCACUGGGACUAUGAGUAAUGUGUGUGUGAAAAGUUGUAUUUUUCCCUCUCUCCAGGAAGGAUGGGAAACGUAUGUUUUUCAAGGAAGGGCAUUGAUUAUAUGUUGUGAUGGAUAGCCUGCUUUUUUUCUAGAGAUCUUGUAUACUGUCUGUGGUCUCUGAAAAGUUCUAUGGAUUUUAAAUGCUUUUUUUCUGUGUCUAUAAAAGCAGUACAUGUAUAUGGUCUAAUGUUUGUUUUUGUUUUUAAUGAUACUAUGCAUAUAUAUAUAAAUAUAUAUAUUCUGCAUUCUC